AUGUUUCGUCGAGUGUUUGCGCUCGUGGCUUUGAUGUCAGUCAGUCAGAUAUCCGACUGCGUUCUCAUCGGUGGCAGACACACGCAGAUCGACUACAACGACUGCGGUCUCUGGAAUGACCGCUCCACACGACGAGGUUUCACGAUGGAAGACUGCUGUCCCGUCGAGACGACCUUUCCCGGCAGUCCUUGGCAGUUGCUCGUCGUCUCUUACUACGCACACGGCGUCUACUACGAGUUCAAAGGAAAUGCAGCCAACGGUUUCAACGCGUGUAACUACAAAGUACUAGAGACGACCGUACUGGACGAUGGAACGGGUACGGUCGGUAUACGUCACAAGUUCGAUAUGAAACACAUCAUACUCACCAAGGAGGAGACGUGGGACUUUCGCGGACGUACCGUCGUCGUCGAGUUUAAGGCAGAAUAUCCCAACGAUCGAUGCACGUGUCGAAAUAUCGAGAGGUUGAGAGUCAUGCACGCCGUCGAUCCCGAUCAAGAUCGUAAUCCAUUCUACACAUUCAGUACCAUCAACGACGUCAUCUAUCCAGGCGGUGUGAAACACUAUGCCGAAGCCGUGGGUCCGGUAAGUUGCAAUACGAUGGCAUACGGCAUCUGCUCUCAACCGCACGGCAACUUCGACUUUGCCGAACAAGUCGGUUUCUCUUAUUGGGACUCGUCCCCUAACGCAUUCUUGUUCGACCCCAAUGGGUCUUAUGGCGACCUGACGCUUCACUACAGACACAUCAGGAAUUCUCUCAAAUGUGACAAGAGUGCUAGUUUCAGGUUCGUGGUGACAUGGGGAGCCAACGCAGAAGAAGCGAGAAAGAACUACCAGGGAGCUUACAAGAAACUCUGUCGUUGUUCAUUCAUUCCUUUCCCAAGUUACCGAUACACGCCACGUCCGUGCAAGAACAUCUGCCCGUGUGACUGUGAAGAGGAACGAUGCACUUGCAACAACAAGAUUAACAAAAGCAAUUUCAAGUUUCCGACCAUUUACGCGUGGCUCAAGUACUACACUCGUCACAUCACAGGACGUGAUAUCGGCUUCACAGUCGCACCAACUGACUUUCUGGACACACCAGCCCCUGACACACCUCCUCUACCAACAGUUCCUGCUGUCGUGACUGAUACAGAACUAGGGCUUGCCGGUCUUGCCUCGGCCGCCGACAGAUUCAGCAAGUUGGGUGGAAUGCCAACGUUCGAAUUGGACGAGGAGCUGUCUUUCGUGCGAAUACUAGACGAUCUACCGGUUGUAUGCCCCCAUCUAGGUGCGACCAGCAAGAAAUUCUUGUCUGCAGUCAAUACGACAAAUGUUCGAGAGGUUUACGAUAAGUACGUGGCCAAGUGUAGAUAACGAGCAAACUAGAGAUGUGAAUCUUGCACACAAAGCGACGUAGUUGUAUCUGCAUAUUACGCAUAGUAAUGGUACAGUAGCUGCAUGAUGAACUCUCUAUCUUCUAGUGUCUGCUGAUGUAUCGAUGAUGCUGUGUUGUUUGGUGUUUGUCUAAAUGUCA